AUGGUCUUGCAGAUGGCCACAACCGAUAGAUUUGCCACUGGCCACAGCCGAUGGUCUUGCCAGUGGCCACAACCGAUAGCUUUGCCGCUGGCCACAGCCGAUGGUCUUGCAGGUGGCCACAUCCGAUCGAUUUGCCACUGGCCACAGCCGAUAGCUUUGCCGCUGGCCACAGCCGAUGGCCUUAUCUCAGCCGACGGUCUCUCUGCCAAACCUCAGCCGACGGUCUCUCUGCCAAACCUCAGCCGACAGUCUCUCCGCCAAACCUCAGCCGAUGAUCUCUCCGCCAGACCUCAGCCGACUGUCUCUCUGCCAGACCUCAGCCGACGGUCUCUUCGCCAGACCUCAGCCGACGGUCUCUCCGCCAGACCUCAGCCGACGGUCUCUCCGCCAAACCUCAGCCGACGGUCUCUUCGCCAGACCUCAGCCGACGGUCUCUCCGCCAGACCUCAGCCGACGGUCUCUCCGCCAGACCUCAGCCGAUGGUCUCUCCGCCAAACCUCAGCCGAUGGUCUCUCCGCCAAACCUCAGCCGACGGUCUCUCUGCCAGACCUCAGCCGAUGGUCUCUCCGCCAGACCUCAGCCGACGGUCUCUCCGCUAAACCUCAGCCGACGGUCUCUCCGCCAAACCUCAGCCGAUGGUCUCUUCGCCAGACCUCAGCCGACGGUCUCUCCGCCAGACCUCAGCCGACGGUCUCUCCGCCAAACCUCAGCCGACGGUCUCUCCGCCAAACCUCAGCCGAUGGUCUCUUCGCCAGACCUCAGCCGACGGUCUCUCUGCCAAACCUCAGCCGACGGUCUCUCCGCCAAACCUCAGCCGAUGGUCUCUUUGCCAGACCUCAGACGAUGGUCUCUCCGCCAAACCUUAGCCGACGGUCUCUCUGCCAAACCUCAGCCGACGGUCUCUCUGCCAGACCUCAGCCGACGGUCUCUCUGCCAAACCUCAGCCGACGGUCUCUCCGCCAGACCUCAGCCGACGGUCUCUCCGCUAAACCUCAGCCGACGGUCUCUCUGCCAAACCUCAGCCGACGGUCUCUCCGCCAGACCUCAGCCGACGGUCUCUCUGCCAAACCUCAGCCGAUGGUCUCUUCGCCAGACCUCAGACGACGGUCUCUCCGCCAAACCUCAGCCGACGGUCUCUCCGCCAGACCUCAGCCGACGGUCUCUCCGCCAGACCUCAGCCGACGGUCUCUCCGCCAGGCCUCAGCCGACGGUCUCUCCGCCAGACCUCAGCCGACGGUCUCUCCGCCAAACCUCAGCCGAUGGUCUCUCCGCCAAACCUCAGCCGAUGGUCUCUUCGCCAGACCUCAGACGACGGUCUCUCCGCCAGACCUCAGCCGACGGUCUCUCCGCCAAACCUCAGCCGACGGUCUCUUCGCCAGACCUCAGCCGACGGUCUCUCCGCCAGACCUCAGCCGACGGUCUCUCCGCCAAACCUCAGCCGACGGUCUCUCGCCAGACCUCAGCCGACGGUCUCUCCGCCAGACCUCAGCCGACGGUCUCUCCGCCAGACCUCAGCCGAUGGUCUCUCCGCCAAACCUCAGCCGACGGUCUCUCCGCCAAACCUCAGCCGACGGUCUCUCCGCCAGACCUCAGCCGAUGGUCUCUCCGCCAGACCUCAGCCGACGGUCUCUCCGCUAA